AAACCGCGGGGAAUGUCUACUUUCAUUUUGAGAUCUGGAGUUUUGAUUUUGUCAUUUGGCAUAGCAUCAGAAAUCAUUUACCAAAUUUACAAACGAGUUAACAUAAAGAACAAGGGGAAGAGAAGAAAGUUUCCAAAGACAGAAGUUUUAUUUUUCCCUGAUGAAACAGUGGCAUGUAAAUCAUACUUUACAGAUGAUUAUGGUUGUAGAAAUUCAAACUGUCGUUUUUCUCACGAAGAAAAUUCAUUAAGCAAACUUUUUACGUAUUUAAUGUCUGCUAGAACAUCAAUCGAUAUAUGUGUAUUUGUGAUAACAUGUAGUGAUCUUGCUGAGUUACUAAUCAAGUCACAUAAAAAAGGUGUUGUGGUCCGAGUCGUUACAGAUAAUGAACAAGUAGAUGUGCCUGGAUCUCAGAUUUGGAAGUUGAGAAAAGCAGGUAUUCCAGUCAGGAUAGACAACUCCUCUUUCUUUAUGCAUCACAAGUUUGCUAUAAUUGAUCAAGAGCACCUCAUGAAUGGUUCCUUCAACUGGACACAGAAGGCCAUAACAGGGAACCAGGAAAACAUACUCAUCACUAACAAUGAGGAUAUUGUUUUGCCAUUUAUAUCAGAAUUUGAGAAGCUGUGGUUAAAAUUUGAUCCAAACCAGAAUUAAUUAAUGAGUCAAAAGAAAUAUGAAAAUUUUAUAUCAAACUCAUAGUCAUUUUUAUGUGAUACAUUCAUUAUAUUUUUAUAAUAAUAAAGUUCCAAUCAUCAUUAUUUUAAUAACAAGAGUGUGAUUUUCCUUCAAAAAGACCCAUGUCCUAUUGUCACAGCAUGGUGCUUAAUUUAACAAUUAUUCCAUUAAAAUUAGAAGUGAAAUGCUAAUUGCAUUAACUUUCAUGCAGUUAUUUAUUUAAGGAAUGAUUAGAUAACUUAAGUUAUAACAUCAAUAGCCUGAGAUUUUGAUAUCACUUCACCUCUGUCAGAUCAUGGAAGUAUUAUAUCAAUAUAAUACUUCCAUGGUCAGAUCAAUAUAAACUCUCAUUUUCCACCAAAUUUAUAAAAACUCUAUAAAGUAGUUAAUUAUUGUCCUUAAAGACAAUGUUUUUAAUGAAUUAUAGCAUAUUAAGAAAAAACUUCCUGACAAAAAACAACCAGAAUUGAUUCAUUUAUAUUUGUGUCUGGUUAGGUAAGUGCUGGUUAUUGGCAUUUGAAAUAACGUCCGUCCAGUCUUGAUAGCUCUCUUACGUGAACAAUUCUUGCCAGAUUUUUAUGAAAUUUAUAUCAUAGGUUUAUAUCAGCAUUGUCUAGGACGAGUUUGAAAAUCAGUGCCGAUCAAUUAUUUUUAAAAGAGUUAUGUCCCUUGGAAACAUUAAUUAUAUGGAAAAUUGCAUCGUUAGCGCUCUCAGGUGUACAAUUCUUGCCAGAUUUUUAUGAAACUUACAUCAUAGGUUUAUAUCAGCAAUGUCUUUGAGGAGUUCGAAAAUCAGUGCCGAUCAAUUAUUUUUAAUAGAGUUAUGCACCUUGGAAAUAUUGUUUAUAUGGAAAGUUGCAUUGUUAGUGCUCUCAUAUGUACGAUUCUUGCCAGAUUUUUAUGAAAUUUAUAUUAUAGGUUUAUAUGAUCAAUGUCUAUGACAAAUUCGAAAAUCAGGGCAACAAUUAUUUUACAAAGAGUUAUUCCCCUUGGAAAUAUUGAUUUUUAUCGAAAAUUGCAUUGUCAGCGCUCUCAUGUGUACAAUUCUUGCCAGAAUUUUAUGAAACUUAUGUAUAUCAUAGGUUUAUAUCAGUAAUGUCUUUUUACACUUGAAAAUAAGUGCUGAUCAAAUAUUUUUAACGAGUUAUGCCCCUUGGAAAUAUUAAUUUUAACGGAAAUCACAUUGCAUUUGCUCUGAAGCUUUCAUUUCUCUAAGAUAUUUUAUAAAAAGUUUUAAAGAACAACAAAAAAAGCGUUUUUUUUAGUUAUUGCACUUGUACCUUGGAUAGAUAAAAUAUGUGCAAUGUAGGGGACAUUGUAACUCUGUUCUAUUAUUAACACUACAUGGAAA